AUUGGUCGAAAUUAAAAAAAGGUGAUGCACGAUCUUUAAUACACGUACGUGUUUUUGUUACAAAAUGAAUAAACAUAUAAUAUAUUUCUUUUCACUACUUACGUUCAAUUUAUGUGCAUCCGAAGAAUACGAAAUCAUAGAACUGCAAUUAAAUCAAGGUAUUCUAGCCGGGAAGUUGGAUAAAACAUUUUUGAAACAUAAAGGUUACUUUACAUUCAACGGUAUACCAUUUGCCGAACCACCUUUGGGUGAAUUGCGUUUCCAGCCACCCGUCCCCCACAGAGGUUGGAAAGGUGUUUAUGAGGCAUUUAAUAAAAAACAAACAUGCAUUCAAUUCAAUUCCAGGCUGAGAAUGGAUGACAACUACGGCUUAUCUGGUUCCGAGGACUGCCUGUAUUUAAAUGUAUUUACACCUAAUGUGAAAGGCUCCUCCCCGGUUGUAGUCUUUGAUUACAAUGACAAUUUCAGAACUGGUUUUAACAGUACGGAUACCUAUUCACCCGAUUUUUUCAUUGAAGAGAAUGUAGUAGUUGUUCAUAUAAAUCACAGGCUUGGAGUUUUAGGUUAUCUAACAACGGAGGACGAUGUGAUUCCCGCUAACGCUGGCAUUAAGGAUUUUAUAAUGGGAUUAAAAUGGAUUAGAGAUAAUAUAAGCCGGUUAGGCGGAGAUCCGAAACGUGUAACUCUAAUGGGUAGUAGAGGUGGCUCAGUUUUAAUUGAUAUUUUAUUAAGAACAGAAAAAGCGAAGAACCUUUUCAGCUCAGCCAUAUUACAAAGUGGGACGGCGUUAGAAAGUGUUUUCUUUCAUAAAAAUCCAAGAGAGAAAGCUUUUAGACUCGGCGAAGCACUGAACAUUAAGACAAAUGAUAGUUUAAGAUUGCUAGAAGAUUUACAACAAUUGAAUGUCAGCGUCUUGUAUGAUAAAGAAACGUCAGUUCUUGAUCGCGAUCAAGUUGACAAAAUACAAAUGAGUAUUCAGCCUUUCGCACCCACUUUAGAGCUGGACACUUCGGAUGCAAUCGUGACAUCGCUACCGGAAGAUAGCAAAUACUUUAAUGAUGUCCCGGUUAUAAUCGGAAUGAACUCCAGGGAAGGGUUGGACUUAGCGUCCCAUUUCAUCAUGGAACCCAGACUUUUAAAAGAUAUAAGCUAUGACCUAUUAUUUUUACUGCCAAUCAGAACAAACUUCAGAUUUGAUAGAAAUAGCGAUGUACAUAAGGAAGCAGCUAAAGAAAUAUUGGACUUUUAUUUCGAAAAGGGUUAUUUUUAUUACGAAAAUAUACUAGAAUACGUCGUAUACUCCGGUGACAUGGUACAGCAAUAUGCUCUGAAUAAGGCUGCCAAGGAACUAUCAAGAGAAUUAGAAUCACCUGUCUAUUACUACUUAUUCGAUUUCAGGGGCUCUAUAAAUGAAAAUAGUAAUUUUAUCGCUUCCAGAUCAAGAUUCAGUAUAGAACAUUGGGGAGCCACUGUCGCCGACGAAUUAUGUUAUUUACAUCUUUGUAAUCGUAUAAGAAAUAAUUAUAUAGAACUAUCAAAACUAGUGAGCGAUCAACCCGAGUUCAAAGUUUUAAGAAAAAUGGUACGGCUUUGGGCGAAUUUCGCUAGAACGAGAGACCCGACCCCUUCGAGCGGGGACGACGUCCUAGGAGAUUUUAAAUGGCGGCCCAUCGUUAAAGAGAAUAAUGAAACAAAUUACCUCCAUAUAACAAAAUCGCUUAAUAUUAAAACCAAUCCCUUGGGCGAGAGAGAAAAGUUCUGGGAUAGAUUUAUAGCUAAGUAUUCGAGUUUAGCGGUCGAUGGUCUUGUGCUGAAAAAGGAGAGUCGCGACGAGCUUUAGACUAUUUAAAAUUGUUAACAUUUUAAACACGCAGCGUAAAACUGUAGUAGUAAUUGUAUUUAAAGUUAUAAACCUUUUUUAUAUCAAUAUUUUGAAUUAAUAUUUAAAAAACAUCUCAUUUGACGUGAGUUAUUUAUUCGCGUUAGAAUAGUAGUGCAUUUAUUACCUUAGAAUGAUCUCCCAACUUUGUAUGAACUUUGACAAACUAGUGAAAUUACAGCUACAUAUUAAAUGAUACGAAACUAGCCAAAGGCUGUAAAGAGAUUGUUGAAAACGAAUCAUUACAUUUGUUAUAGUGUAUCCUACCUAGCAAUAGUACACAACCAUGCAAAACAAAACAAAAUAACCAAAGAGAGAGUAACAACAUUAUAUUUUGCUUUUAUUUCGCCUCUUAAAACCACACCUCGUAUUUAAAUUAGCUCAUGUGAACCGUGUUUCUCCUUUAACCACUAAAAACAGCAAGAAGGUAUUUGCGAAACACUAUUGUAAUAAGUAUGGACCACGAAUAAUUAUAUUUAUCUGUUAAUUAUACAAAUUACAGUAUUCUCGCGGGUAAAGGAAAAACAUGAAACAUAUGAAAGAUCACAACUAGCGACAUCUAGUUUUACACAUCAACUUUUAAAUUGCCUUAGUGAUGACAGAGGGCGCUUAUAAAAAAUAUAUAAAUGAUUUUAUUUAUUUCUUAGGUAACUCCUAUUUAUUGUAUCCAAAUAAAAUUAUUUUAAGUGUAAUAUAUAUAUUACACAUAUAUAUAAAUGUAUAUAAAGUUGACAUUGAAAAGUAGUGUGAUUAUUUGAAAAUAUAAGAAAAUAUAAAACGUAAUAAUACUUUGAAACAUAAUAUUUUGCCCUUGGCAUAAAAUUUAAGGUAAUAUGAAUCAAAGUUAUACAGAGAUUGAUUGUAGUCACGGUAUUAAAUAUUAAAAGCCUGCUUGCGAAACUUAAUUCUUUCUUAAAUAAUGCUGUAUAUACAUGUAAAUGCGUUCAUAUAUGUGUAAAUUCAAAUCAUAAUAUUUUUCACAGAGAACUGACAUGUUGUUCGUAGAUUAUGUAUAUCAAAUGAGUAGUUUAUUUAUAGCAAUUCUAGAGAUAUUUCCUGUAAUUAAAAAGCAACAUAAUAACUAAUUACAUGCACAUGGGUUUCUUUUUAAUUACCGUUCGUUAUAUCAUUGUAUCCUUAGUGUACACUCUACUAUAUUUAUUUAUCUGUAGGUACGUAACCAACUUUUAUUGACAUAUAUAAAAUCCAUUCGGUACUAAUCUUGUUUAAUUAAAAAAACACUAUUUUCGGUUUACUUCGGUGUUAUUUUAUUAUUUUAAACUACACACUCCGGAUGUCUCAGCUACAUUGCAGCAACUGUGAUCACGGGCAGACGAGAUGAAAGUGUCUGCCCGUGAUCACGGCUGCUGUCAAAAUAUUAGUUUUAUUUAAAUGAAUACUCUCGUAAGUCUUAGAUCACAUUAACCUUGUUCAAUAUUUUAACACAG